AAAUUCACAAGAAGAAGAAGUCUGUCUCUCACUGACGUCAAUGCAGGACUAGGUUGCGCCAUUUUGAAAGUAGAAGCAGGGAGGGUAAAUUUUGCAAGCAAGCAGCCAGCUAAACAAGAGGCUUUGCAAGGUGUUCCAAGGGAGAGUUGCUGAUUGUCAAAGCACUGCUAAGCAAGAUAAGUGACAUGAGAAGUUGAAGAAUAGUAGGGGGAAAGCCACACACUCUGUAGCUUUACGAUUCACCUGCACUCAUCGAGAUUCUGCUUGUACACACCCUAGCACGGUAAACUGGAAAGAUAAGCAAGGGCCCCAACCAAGGCAAGCCCUCCUCGACAGAGAUUCCCUCUCCACCAUGGCAGGAGCUGGCGGCGGAGGCAAUGAUGUGCAGUGGUGUUUCUCUCAAGUCAAAGGAGCGAUUGAUGACGAUGUGGCUGAAGCUGACAUCAUAUCCACUGUGGAAUUCAAUCACUCUGGGGAGCUACUAGCCACUGGGGACAAGGGGGGCCGCGUUGUGAUCUUUCAGCAGGAGCUAGAGAGCAAGAACCAGCCACAGUGCCGUGGGGAGUACAAUGUUUACAGCACCUUCCAGAGCCACGAGCCCGAGUUCGACUACCUGAAGAGCCUUGAGAUCGAGGAGAAGAUCAACAAGAUCCGGUGGCUGCCUCAGAAGAACGCUGCACAGUUCCUCUUGUCCACAAAUGAUAAAACUAUAAAGCUGUGGAAAAUCAGUGAACGGGACAAGCGACCAGAGGGGUACAACCUCAAGGAAGAGGAUGGGCGCUACAGAGACCCCACUACUGUCACAACACUACGGGUCCCAGUGUUUCAGCCGAUGGACCUGAUGGUUGAGGCCAGCCCCAGGCGAGUGUUUGCUAAUGCACACACCUACCACAUCAACUCCAUCUCGGUCAACAGUGACUGUGAGACCUACUUGUCUGCUGAUGACCUUCGCAUCAAUCUCUGGAACCUAGAGAUCACUGACCGCAGCUUUAACAUUGUGGACAUCAAGCCAGUCAACAUGGAGGAGCUGACAGAGGUGAUUACAGCAGCAGAGUUCCAUCCAAACCAGUGCAACACAUUUGUCUACAGUAGCAGCAAGGGCACCAUCCGCCUCUGUGACAUGAGAGCAUCAGCUCUCUGUGACCAGCACUCCAAACUGUUUGAAGAGCCUGAAGAUCCAAGCAAUCGUUCAUUCUUCUCUGAGAUUAUCUCUUCCAUCUCUGAUGUCAAGUUCAGCCACAGUGGGCGCUACAUGAUGACCCGGGACUACCUGUCCGUCAAAAUCUGGGACCUCAACAUGGAGUCCCGUCCAGUAGAGACUUAUCAGGUCCAUGAAUACCUCAGGAGUAAACUGUGCUCACUCUAUGAGAACGACUGCAUCUUUGAUAAGUUUGAGUGCUGCUGGAAUGGAAACGACAGUGUUGUGAUGACGGGCUCAUACAACAACUUCUUCAGGAUGUUUGACCGAGGCUACCGGCAGGAUGUGACCCUGGAGGCGUCUCGGGAAAGCAGUAAGCCUCGUUCUGUGCUCAAGCCCCGCAAGGUGUGCACAGGUGGGAAGCGCAAGAAGGACGAGAUCAGUGUAGACAGCCUGGACUUUAACAAGAAGAUCCUCCACACGGCCUGGCACCCUCAGGACAACAUCAUCGCCGUGGCCACUACUAACAACCUCUAUAUAUUUCAGGACAAACUGUAACAAAUAUUCAAUGAACCCUUCAUAUCCCAGAUCCCACUUUAGCCUCACUACUCUGGUCCCCAACAUCUCAACUGGAGAAGUGCAGCAAAACGCCUCUGUUUUGAUGGCUUUCUUAGUCUUAUUUCCUGUUCAGGGGGCUCCAACAGUACCACACUUCUUCUGCCACAUUGCAACUGUUGUCCACUACAUCCCAAAGGGAACACUUUUUUAACACUAGUCUUUGAGAUAUUGAUAUGUUGCUAAUUUAACGGUUUUGGUGCCACAAGCAUUUUUUAUAUAUACAAGCAUUUUUUUCUUUUGAUAGGAAGUUGUUCCCUCCCACCCCUCCAUUGUUGACACAGAUCACAACAUUGCUAUUCUUCACUGACCAAAUUGGCAAGCUGACAGCUCUCAAUUUUUGUCCCAGGCCAUUUGUCAAAUUUCCAAGUUUGCUCACCCUCUUUCACAUACAGUACACACUUACUCUAAACAUUGAUGUAGACACGUAUACACACACACACACACAAUAGCUCAACUCAGUUGGUGGGCUGGGUUGGGAUCUAGGGGUAAUUUCGAGACAACUAUGUAGAAUAUAGAGUUAGCCAGUCUGAGACUAUAGACAAGGGUUAACCGUCUGGUAAGCACAGUGCCCUUCUCCAGAGGUAGCCUACAGUAUGAAGCCAUUGCUUUUCCAAGUAAACGGUAGUGGGCAGAGGCAUUGCAGCCUAAUCUCCUUCUUGCACUUAGAGUGCCACCAUGUACAGCUCAGCACAGAGGCUCCAGUGCAGUAAUUGCAGGAGAAAGACAGGCCUGCCUUGGCUGACCUGCAUAACUUGUCCGUUUUUAAAUGUAAGCGUGGCACCCAUUUGUACCUCUGCUGCUCAGUUCCAUGCAUGCGUCUUGACUUAUGCUUCUUGUGAAUUUUUAAGUUUUCCCUCUGGAUCAAGUUUUUUUGUUUGUUUUUUAAUGAUGUUUUGUACUUCAGAUAAAGAAUAAUCACUAUAAUUAGUUUAUUUUUGUAUGAAUUAAGAAGACAGAAAUAUUGAUUGAUAUCCUUUAAUCCCUUCGCACUACUUGGUGUAGUCUGAUCACUGUUGUCUAUUAAGCUGUAGGUUUUGGACUGGUCUAUGGACUGAAGGAUUACUUGGACUGGUGAAAGUUAAUGUGACUUACUGUGUUAAAUUCACGUGGGCUGCGGGUUUGAAGAUGGAGUGCAUAUUAAUGUGCCAUUAAGAAAGGCUUUAUGCAUGUUGGAUGUCCAAAUAAGUAUUUUCAGGUAUGUGUCACUGUGGAAUCAUAAUGGUUAUUCGUUUUUGUAUUUGGGUUACUGUAACCGAUAUUGACUGGAAUGGAUUCGGGUGCUUCUGAGUUUAAGCUAGUUCAUUUGCGCUAAUUGUUUUAACUCCGGUGUGGAUCUGUGUGCAUCCGUUUGUUUGCCAUGGCUGUGUUUUCAAAAAAAUUGCACUGAGUCAAAUAUCAUUUUAUUAUUAAUAGCCCAUUGUACGUUGAGAAUGGGAAAGGCAUUAUCUGUUUGCUUCAGUUUGACUGAAGAAAUGCUCUUAACCGCAUGUUCACUGAGUAUCAGGUUUAUUGACUAGACAGGGUUACUGACUUGAAAUAUUUUAUGAAACAAUAUUUUCUCUCUUUGAUUGUGCGUAAGUUCUUUAUGCAGGAAACAAACGAAACUGUUAAGUGAGUCGUGUUAGUGGGUAUCAUUGGAUGGAAUUACUGGGUAAUGUCAGCUCAGGGCAUUGGAGACAGUAUUUCAAAUAAACGGCAUUUCCAGCGUUUGUACUGUAUUUAGUCAAUGUGGCAUUCUUUGUUUAUUUUGGGAGGUAAAUGAUUUUUUCUUCUGUCUGUAGCACAUGGCUACGCGAAUACUUGAUUGACGAGAUACCAAUUGUGAGCCAUUUGAUCGUAAUAAGUUAGCAUUAAGAGUAUCAAUUGAGUCUCAUUUACUAGUAAGGCUACCAAUAAGCACUAUUGCAGACUGCAAUAAAGGUCAUUAGCUCUACUGGUGUUGUGAGGGUCACUUCCUCAUGUCCUUGUUGAAUACUUAGAUUUUCUUAUGUUUGUUUUGUGGACAGUUUAUAAUGGCUGUCACUUAUAAUAGCUGUUGUGAAAAUGUGUCAUGACAUGAGGAACAAGAGUAGCCUACUACUAGCCUAAUGUUUAGGUAUGGUUAAGAUGUAAAAUGCUCAAUAGGAGAAGCAACACGUGAUACCCCUAACCCCAUACCGCCAUUACACUCUUGGCAUUAGAACAUCACGGCUCAGUUACCGUACAAAUGUAAUUGUUGCCACAGAUCGGCUCUUAUUUUAUAUAUAUAUAUAUAUAUAUAUAUAUACAUACAAAUAUACAUACAUACAGUUGGAAGUUUACAUACACCUUAGCCAAAUACAUUUAAACUCAAUUUUCACAAUUCCUGACAUUUGAUCCUAGUAAAAAUUCCCUGUCUUAGGUCAGUUAGGAUCACCACUUUAUUUUAAGAAUUUGAAAUGUCAGAAGAAUAGUAUAGAGUGAUUUAUUUCUGUCUUUCAUCACAUUCCCAGUGGGUCAGAAGUUUACAUACACUGAAUUUUGGCCCAUUCCUCCUGGCAGAGCUAGUUUAACUGAGUCAGGUUUGUUGUAGGCCUCCUUGCUCGCACACAAUUUUUCAGUUCUGUCCACAAAUUUUCUAUAGGAUUGAGGUCGGGGCUUUCUGAUGGCCACUCCAAUACCUUGAAUUUGUUGUCCUUACUCUGUUUUGCCACAACUUUGGAAGUAUAAUUGGAGUCAUUGUCCAUUUGGAAGACCCCAUUUGUGACCCAAGUUUUAACUUCCUGACUGAUGUCUUGAUGUUGCUUCAAUAUAGUCCCUCCUGCAGCAAAACACCCACACAUGAUGCUGCCACCCCCGUGCUUCACGGUUGGGAUGGUAUUCUUCAGCUUGCAAGGCUCCCCCUUUUUCCUCCAAACAUAACAAUGGUCAUUAUGGCCAAGCAGUUCUAUUUUUGUUUCAUCAGACCAGAGGACAUUUCACCAAAAAGUACGACCUUUGUCUCCAAGUGCAGUUGCAAACCGUAUGUCGAUAUAGGACUCGUGGAUAUAGUUGCUUUUGUACCUGUUUCCUCCAGCAUUUUCACAAGGUCCUUUGCUGCUGUUCUGGGAUUGAUUUGCACUUUUCGCACCAAAAUACGUUAAUCUCUAGUUAAUCUCUAGGAGACAACGCCUCUCUUUCCUGAGUGGUUUGACAGCUGUGUGGUCCCAUGGUGUUUGUACUUGCGUACUAUUGUUUUUGUAGCUGGAUGUGGUACCUUCAGGCGUUUUGGAAAUUGCUCCCAAGGAUCAACCAGACUUGUGGAGGUCUACAAAAAAAAAAAUCUGAGGUCUUAGCUGAUUGCUUUUGAAUUUCCCAUAAUUUCAAGCAAAGAGGCACUGAGUUUGAAGGUAGGCCUAGAAAUACAUCCACAGGUACACCUCCAAUUUCUCAAAUGAUGUCAAUUAGCCUAUCUGAAGCUUCUAAAGCUAUGACAACAUUUUCUGGAAUUUUCCAAGCUGUUUAAAAGCACAGUCAACUUAGUGUAUAAACUUCUGACCCCUGGAAUUGUGAUACAGUGAAAUAAUCUGUCUAAACAAUUGUUGGAAAAUUUACUUGUCAUGUACAAAGUAGAUGUCCUAACCGACUUGCCAAAACUAUAGUUUGUUAACAAGAAAUUUGUGGAGUGGUUGAAAAACAAGUUUAAAUGACUCCAACCUAAGUAUGUAAACUUCUGACUUCAACUGUAUAUCUCUGCUGUCAGUUUAGACUAAAACAAUACUUGGAGACACCUGAACAAAAUAAAAUAAUACUUUCCUCCAUACACUCCUGUCUUCACAACUCUUGUCUAAAGCCACGAAAUGUCAUUCAGAAGGACCUAAUUGCCUUUUUCAUAGCAGAGGAAAUUAGAUAAAGUAUGUUUCCUGAAGUGACUGGCGGCUUGUCAGGCAGGAGAAUGCCCAGGAGAACUUAAAUAUAAUGUAUUCACAGGACUCACAACAGAAUGCACUUUUUAUUUUUGUGAAUUUCUUUUAUUUGUAUGUUUUGUUUUGAGGGACUCUUGAUAAAGAUUGGGAAAUUCUGGGUGAUUUAAAAGAAAAAGGAAUACAGCAGUUUUAAAGGUUCACAGUAUAGGUCUGUUUGCAUUUGUCAAACAGAAUAAAAUACAGUUUAGGUUAAUGAGUAAUAAAGAAUGAAUAAAAUAA